GCAACCUCAGUUCAGUCUGUGGUUUCUGAUGUGCAGAUCGAUGACAAAGAAUUCGACAUUCCUCAAGUUGAUACCCCUCCGACACUGGAGAGCAUCCUGAAUGAGACUGAUGAUGAAGAUGAGUCUUUCAUUUUGGAGGAUCCCUUUCUCUUGAACAUUGAUAACACAGAUACACACUCCUAUGACACAUCCUCUGUGGCAAGCUCUGACAGCGGCGACCGGACACACUUGAAAAGAAAGAAAAAACUCCCAGAUUCUCUCUCGCUCCAUGGGUCAGUUAUACGGCUCUCACUCCUGAAAGGAAUUUCUGCCCAAAUAGUAUCUGCAGCAGACAAAGUAGAUGCUGGCUUGCCCACUGCAAUUGCGGCAUCAAAUCUGAUAGCAGUGGGGACUUCCCAUGGCUUAGCAUUGAUAUUUGAUCAAAACCAGGCUCUUCGACUGUGUCUGGGCAGCACUGCUGUUGGGGCCCAGUAUGGAGCUAUCUCUGCUCUCAGUAUCAACAAUGACUGUUCGAGGCUCCUGUGUGGCUUUGCCAAGGGACAGAUCACAAUGUGGGAUCUGGCCAGUGGGAAGCUGCUACGAUCAAUAACAGAUGCCCACCCACCAGGAACAGCCAUUUUGCACAUCAAGUUUACAGAUGACCCGACGCUUGCAAUUUGCAAUGACAGUGGAGGCUCCGUGUUUGAACUGUCAUUUAAGAGGGUUAUGGGAGUGAGAACCUGUGAAUCUCGCUGUCUCUUCAGUGGCUCGAAGGGGGAGGUGUGCUGUAUUGAACCAUUACAUGCAAAAGUUGAGCUGAGAGACCAUCCUAUCACCCAGUAUUCACUGCUGGCCAUGGCCUCCCUCACAAAGAUACUGGUUAUUGGCCUGAAGCCAUCUCUGAAAGUGUGGAUGACCUUUCCCUAUGGUCGUAUGGACCCUUCUAGUGUCCCUCUUCUGGCAUGGCACUUUGUGGCUGUACAGAACUCUGUGAACCCCAUGCUUGCGUUUUGUCGAGGAGACGUCGUUCAUUUUCUUCUGGUGAAGAGAGAUGAUACCGGUGCAAUACAUGUCACUAAACAGAGGCAGCUUCAUCUACACUAUGACCUCAUCAACUUUACUUGGAUAAACUCACGGACAGCAGUGCUUCUAGACAGCGUGGAGAAGCUGCAUGUUAUAGAUCGUCAGACACAGGAGGAGCUGGAGACCAUAGAGAUCUCAGAAGUACAGCUAGUCUACAACAGCAGCCACUUCAAAUCGCUGGCCACGGGAGGCAAUGUCAGUGAAGCCCUGGCAUUGGUUGGGGAGAAAGCUUGUUAUCAGUCCAUCAGCAGCUGUGGUGGUCAGAUCUUUUACCUUGGAACUAAGUCUGUUCACGUCAUGACAUUGAGAAGCUGGAGAGAGAGAGUUGAUCACCUUCUGAAACAAGAGCGUCUCACUGAUGCCCUGGCUCUCGCUUGGUCUUUUUAUGAAGGUAAAGCAAAGGCUGUAGUAGGCUUGUCUGGGGACACGAGCAAGAGGAAAGCAGUCAUUGCAGACAGGAUGGUUGAAAUCCUUCUCCAUUAUGCUGAUCGGUCUUUGAAGAAAUGUCCUGACCAAGGAAAAAUCCAGGUUAUGGAGCAACAUUUUCAGGACGUGGUGCCUGUCAUAGUUGAUUACUGCCUCUUACUGCAGCGCACGGAUCUCUUGUUUAACCAGAUAUAUGAUAAGAUGAGUGAGAAUUCUGUAGCUAAAGGCAUCUUUCUGGAGUGCUUGGAGCCAUAUAUCUUAAGUGAUAAGCUGAUGGGAAUCACAGCUCGGGUGAUGAAAGACUUGCUGCUUCACUUUCAAGACAAGAACAGGUUGGAAAAUUUAGAAGCCUGCAUUGUGCAUAUGGAUAUCACCAGCUUAGACAUACAGCAGGUAGUUCUUCUAUGCUGGGAAAACCGUCUUUAUGAUGCCAUGAUCUACGUCUACAACAGUGGGAUGAAUGACUUCAUUAGUCCCAUGGAGAAGCUGUUCAAAGUCAUUGCUCCUCCACUGAAUGCUGGAAAGUCUCUCACAGAUGAGCAGGUGGUAAUGGGCAACAAGCUGCUUGUAUAUAUAAGCUGCUGCUUGGCAGGCCGUGCAUAUCCACUGGGUGAUAUUCCUGAAGAUCUGGUACCUUUAGUUAAAAACCAGGUCUUUGAAUUUCUCAUCCGGCUGCAUUCAACUGAGGGAUCUGUGGAUGAAGAGGUCUACCCUUAUGUUCGUACCUUGCUGCACUUUGACACUCGGGAAUUCCUUAAUGUUCUUGCUCUGACUUUUGAAGACUUUAAGAAUGACAAGCAAGCUGUGGAAUAUCAACAGAGAAUUGUGGACAUACUUCUGAAAGUCAUGGUAGAGAAUUCGGACUUCACCCCGUCGCAAGUUGGCUGUCUCUUUACCUUCCUUGCCCGUCAGCUUGCCAAGCCCAACAACACGUUAUUUGUGAACAGGACACUUUUUGACCAGGUCCUUGAAUUUCUGUGCAGUCCAGAUGAUGACUCCCGCCAUUCGGAGAGACAACAGGUCCUUUUAGAAUUGCUCCAGGCAGGAGGGAUCGUACAGUUUGAAGAAAGCCGUCUUAUCCAAAUGGCAGAGAAAGCUGAAUUCUAUCAGAUUUGUGAGUUCAUGUAUGAACGAGAGCUUCGCUAUGACAAAAUAAUUGGCUGUUACCUGCGUGACCCAGUGAGAAAGGAAGAAGUUUUCAACUAUAUUCACAACAUCCUGUCCAUGCCUGGCUACAGCGCUGAAGAAAAGCAGUCGGUGUGGCAGAAAGCUUUGGAACAUAUAGAGGAGUUGUUGUUGCUGAGUCCGUGUAAAGCAGCCGACUUGGUGGCCAUUCACUUCAGUGAGCAGAUUGAGAGCAUCAUUACAAACCUUCAGGACCAGUUCUUACUCUUCCAGUUUCUGAGGAGCCUCCUUGAUCCAAGAGAAGGCAUUAACCAAGACCUGAUACACUUACCACCCUGCAUCACUGAGCAGUUCGUUGAGCUGCUGUGUCAGUACAGCCCGGACCAGGUUUUGGAGACGCUUAAAGUUCUGGAAUACUGCAGAUUGGAAGAAACCAUCCAGAUAACCCAGAAAUAUCAGCUCCAUGAAGCUUCUUCAUAUUUACUGGAGAAGAAGGGAGAUAUCCAUGGCGCCUUUUUGGUUAUGCUUGAGCGAUUGCAGAGCAAGUUGCUGAUGCUUACGCAAGAUGAUGAAAGCUCGCCUGAACUCCUCUUGCUAGAAAACAUUGAAGAUACCUUAAUGAAAACAAUUGCCCUUUGUCAGAGAAAUUCACACAAUUUAGACCAGCAACAGCGAGAG